AAUACGCAUAUUUUUUUAAGAUCACUUGUUUUGGAUUGAUCCGAAGGAGAAAUAUAUGUACGAACUCCUAGUACAAACAGUUGGUAGUGAAAUAGAUAUACGAACGAGACAACGACUAUUUAUAAUACAUGAUAUGAUCAUCAAUUCAGCAGAUUCUAGAAAUCGUAUACACAUAUCAAGUGGAAGUUUGGCAGAAGGUCUUGAUUUACCUGGCAGUGACAUGGAUGUCAUGUACGUAAUGAAUGACAUAGAAGUUAUAGAUAAUAUAAAGAACAUAGAAAAACCAAUACAUCAUACUGCAUUAUAUAUGGAAACAGAUGUUAAUCAUCCUGGGUUCGCUAGACUCAGAAUGGUAUCAGGACCUAAUGGGUUAUGCCCCCGUGAAUUAUGUAGCCGUUGUCCACCAGGUACAUGUACCAAUACACAAUUUUAUUUUCCAAUACACAAUGUUCUUGAUUUAGCUAGGAAAAAUUAUUCCUAUAUGAAGCCAUAUGUACACGGCCCAUGUAUAACAGACCAUAACCAAACGAUUGAUAUUGCAUACUGCAUACGGAGUAAAUAUCUUCCCAACAACGCAAUUGCAUGGGCGUCUCGUCACCGAUGGCAAUGGCCUUCUGACUUUGUUAUUGACAGGAUCAUAAAAUACGGAUGCCUGUUAGUACCUAUAGGACCUAAGACGUUAUCUAAUAAUAAACUCUUUUGGAGAAUAUCUUUUUCUGUGGCAGAAAAAAUACUUGUACAUUCGUUUAAUUUUACUCAAUACUUAUGUUACGGUCUACUCAAGUUGACAUUAAAGUGUAUAGUUAACACAAAUAAUGAUGUCAAAGACUUGUUGUGUUCCUACUUCCUGAAGACGGUUUUAUUCUGGGUCUCAGAGGAGUCAGAUAUUGACACAUUUCAAUUAUCUAAAUUGUAUUAUUGUUUUUCUCUCUGUCUUGAUAAAUUAAUGUCAUGGGUAAACUCAUGUUACUGUCCGAACUAUUUUAUACCUGAACACAAUAUGUUCCUAGGAAAGAUCAAUCAGAUUAACAAUCAGAUUCUUUUAGUUGUACUUGAGAGUAUAAAGUUAGGAGGGAUUGACGGGUUGAUAACUAGUUUAUUUCCACCUAACAAUAAAAAUCCCCGUUUUUCAAGUACAAAUAGCGAAUGUCCUUCCAUUAUGUUAGACAUCCUAUUUUACAGGACUACAUGUACAUCGGUUUUAGUUUCCAGUUCGAAAAAAAUGAUUAAAAGAUCUAAAUCUUUGCUUAAGUCCGAAUCGUCUUCAUUUAUUAUUGGGAUAUGUACACAUCAUUUUGCCGAAAUCAGCCAAUUUGUAGUACAACUACUACCAUCACCAAACAUAAUAGGUAACACGUACAACAUACGCAAAUGCUAUCAUAGACAUUUACAAAACGGCACCAAGACUGAUGCUGUAUCAGGUUGGUUGUUAUACGCAUCGUUUUAUUAUGUAACAGGACAGUUUAGUGCUUCACUACGACUAACGGAUUAUGUUCUAUCACGAUGUUCAGCUGAUAUGAUGCAUACGAAACAUUACAACUGUAAAAUUCACAGAAAUUGUUAUCGACAAAAUAUACAUUCUACAAUGACAUUGAAUGACAGGAUGAAAAUAGCUACUGUAAAUAAUGUCAAUUACAUUAUGAACUCAUCAUUAAUUCCAGAAGAACUACAGCUGGAGGUUGAAACAAAAGACGUUUUACCCAUUCCGCCUGUUGUAUUAUCCCACUGCCUUAAUUUCCUAUGCUAUCAUCAUCUUUAUGAUAUUCUCAACAGACAAAGGUCUUUACGUGAUUUAUAUCAAACAGUGGAACGUAGAUGUUUACUUCCCUCAAUGUGUAUUUCUGAUUCAUUAACAAUACUUGGAGUAUGCUAUGAGAUAUCCGGUGCUAAAGACACAGCCUAUCAGUGCUAUGAGGAAGCACUGCAAACGGGUUGUCAUUUUUCCAGAACAGCAGAAAUAAGAAAAACAAAACUGGUUGGCAAUGCAUGUGAAAUUUGAUUGUGUUGAUGUUGUAUUUCACCUACUAAUUGGUCACUAGUAUCAAGAUUUUAGUCUGAAACGAUCAUUUUAAUCUGAUAAAGUCCUAAUCGACUGAUUAAACCACGAGAGAAAAACGCUAAGACUUUUGCUGACUUAAAGACGCUGUUCCGAUCUAUUGUGAUAUUUCCGUUCGUUCAGUCAUGUCAAGUUUAACAAGAUGGAAUGCUCGAACGUUCAAUUGAGAUAUAGUAACUGUAUGAUAACAUUUUUUGACGAAUUCAGGCCAAACAUAAAACAAUAAUGUUCAAAUUGGUCAGACCGUUCAGUGUGUCAGUAUGACACAAGGAGUUACUCCCCGUCUGGUUGAUGAUACAUUUUAAAUACAAAAAAUAUAUAAUUUAUA